GGGGUUGGAUUGGGGUGGAACAUGUCGUGUUUGUCGAAUUGGGAGUUUGAUUAUGGAGGGGAGAGAGGACGAGGUGGGGAUCGGGGUUGUUGUGAUCCUGUUGAUUUGUUGCCUUCUGAUCCUUUUGGGAUGGAUUUUAGUGAAACUUUUACGGCAGCGCUGGCGAGUUGGGUUGGAGAUCAUGCUGUGAGUUCUGGUGAUUUUGAUGCUGGUGAUGAGUUUUUGGUGUCGGGUUUUGAUUGCCGUGAGUAUGGGUUGAGCUUUGGUGGUGUUGUUGGUGGGGAGUGUUCGGGUUCUGGUAGGGUUGGGGAGGGUUGUGGGAAUGGAAGUGAGGGAGGAGAGGAGGGUCCUCAUGAGGGGUUGGUGUACUCGUUGGGUUAUUUAGGUGUUAGGGAUCUUCUCUCUGUUGAGAUGGUAUGUAGGUCUCUGAAGAAUGCUGUUCAGAGUGAUGCUUUGUUGUGGAGGUGCAUCCACAUAGACUCGCCAUUGAGUCAGAGGAUUGGAGAUGGAGAUCUCCUGCGGUUGACACAGCGAGCUCAGGGGAGUCUGCAUUGCUUGAGCUUGGUGGGAUGCUCAAGAAUAACGGAUGAUGGGUUGAAGCGUGUGCUGGAGAGCAACCCCAGGCUAAAAAAGCUUAGCAUUCCUGGAUGUGUGAGGUUAACUGUUGAAGGCCUCAUCAACAAUCUAAAGGCUGUAAAAUCCUGGGCCAACCCGGGGAUCACACACUUAAGGCUUGGGAGGCUUUUUAGUGUAACUCCUGAUAAUUAUGAUGAGCUGAAGUCAUUAUUGGGAGCUGAUGAACAAGAACAGUUGCAUGCUCGCAAGCCACGUUUUUACCACUGUGGCAUCUACUCUCUGGCUUUUGAUGAUGAAAGUGUUCUGGAUAUUGAAUUAUGUCCAGAAUGUCAGAAAUUGAAACUCGUCUAUGACUGCCCUGCAGAGACCUGCCGAGAUAAAGGCCCUGAACAAUGCAGGGCAUGUGAUGUUUGUAUAGCAAGGUGCAUUGAGUGUGGGAGGUGUAUCAAGAAUUGCGAAUAUGAGGAAACAUUUUGUCUUGAAAAUCUUUGUUCAGGCUGUUGGAAAGACCCACCUCAGAACCUGGUGACAACCAAUGAAGGAAGUUAGCUCCAGGAAGCAUCUUCUGAAGCAGACAUGGUGUCACCAGUUCAAGUGUAUUGAGGGAGGCUAAAGAUCAGAUCCACAUCGAUGUUAUCUUUUUAUAGGCUUGAAACAGCUUCUUUAAUAGCCACUGCAGGAUCCCUCUUCUACCUUUCUCUUCAAUGAGAUCUUUCUUAAGAUGAUAGCUAAUCUUGGUGUUUGUUGGCUCACCAAAAAAGGAAAAAAAUGGGACCAAAAAUUGGAACUGAAAUGCUAAAAGAUGCGAAGCUCAUUCAUUGUUGUUUCUGCUACUCGGCAGAAAUAUGGCCUUCAACCUGAUUACAUUCACAGCUUAUGUGAAUAAAGAAACAGACCUUACUGCUUGACCCAUCUUUCCCUGCAACCUGGGUUUGAUUACUAAUAUACUGAUGAGGUCUGUCAAAUCCGAAGACUAAAGCUAUCCAGGGCUGCUUCUACGACGACACUGCUCGAGGCAACUUUAUCAGGUUUUACCAUGAGUUCUUCAUGUUCUGUUUUGAGCAACAGAGCUAUCUAGGCCUGCUCCGACGACUCUGGUCAUGGCUCCGUGAAGAUUUACUGAGGUUUUUCCUUCACAAAUUGUUUUCAGCAACAAAGAAGUGAAGUGAUUGUGUUUUUGUGGUGGCUGUGGUAUGAUCUGGUGCAGUUGUUUCUUUGUUUUCAGUAUGUAUAUAUGUAUAUACAUAUUUUGCAAGUGAAACAGAUGGUAAAUCCAAGCAACAGCCUCAUUUCAUGUAAAUAAUUACACUUCUAAUGGCAUAAUCGUAACAUUGUCAUGCUCAUACUUUUUAA